AUGUCCGAGCCUCUAAAAACAAUCCGCGAGGACCUCAGGGAGGAAUGGUUGGACAACGAGGUCCAUCGACACUACAACAUGCCCAUGGUAGUCGUGCGAGCCGAGCCUCAUGUCCUGAUGCGCUGCAGCGUGUACCGUGACACUACUUCACUUCUCAAGACAUCGGCCAGUAUCGACAGGUGGGUUAACACCGAGUAUUUCAUCUGGGAGAUGUCCGCGGGGCUAGCUGACAGCGGAGUAAACCCACAGUGGACGGAGUUCUUCGAAAAACAAUACAAGGAAAAGUGGGUGCAAAUCCAGAAUGAGUUCGAGGGCAUAGCCGAUCUCCCUGAGAGGUUCCUUCAUGAGGUUCCGGUCCCACCCUUUGAGGUUGCAGAGGUGAGAAUCAGCGCUAAUGAAGCCCCGUGCUAUUGGCGGCUCCGUGCGAACACAGGCCAACACAUGAUUGACACAAGCUUUUGGCAUCUUUGGAAGUUGAUUCUCAAGCAAAGAUCGCCCACAGUUGGUCCCUUUGACGUUAUUCUCAGAGUACCCUCGCACACUCCUGUUGGGGAGGACCCUAUCGAUCCUUGGAAUAUGUCUCUAUAA